AUGCCGUCCUCCACUGUCCUCUCUCGUGAACCUGAACCAGUAGGCGACACUGCCAAUGGGAAGGCCAAGGCCAAGGCCAUCCCCUACGUGGUCGAGGACUGCCUUGGCGUCAUGAAGCUGCUCAGCGACGGCACGGUGAUCCGCUCCACGCCACCGCCGUUCCCUGCCGGCGCCGACUACGACGACGGCCGCGUCGAGUGGAAGGACGCCGUGUACGACGCCGAAUACAACCUCGGCGUGCGCUUCUACAGGCCACAACUCGGCGAAGGUAACACCAAGUUGCCGGUGCUCGUCUACUUCCACGGCGGGGGCUUCGUGUUCGGCUCCUACUCCUGGCCAAAGAACCACGCAGGCUGCCUCCGCCUCGCCUGCGAGCUGCCCGCCGUCGUGCUCUCCUUCGACUACCGCCUCGCCCCCGAGCACCCUCUCCCCGCCGCCGUGGAGGACUCGGCCACCGCGCUCCGUUGGCUCGCCACCCGCAUCUCCUCUCGGUCCGACGCGUGGCUGGCCGAGGACGCCUGCAUUUUCCUUGGCGGCCAGUCCUCCGGCGCCACCCUCGCGCACCACCUGCUACUCCGCCCACACCCCAUGGUAAAGAUCGCCGGCUGCAUCCUGCUCAUGCCGCCCUUCUUGUCGGAGACGGCAACCCAGUCGGAGCUGGACACGCCGGACACCGCCUUCUUGAGCCUCAAGAUGUCCGACAAGUAUUUCCGCCUCAUGAUGCCGGUGGGGGCGAACAAGGACGACCCUCUGGUUAACCCGUUCGGCCCGGCCAGCCCGAGCUUGGAGACGGCCGACGUCGGGCGCAUGCUGGUGGUGGCAGCGGAGUGCGACAUGGUGAGGGACAAGGACAUCGAGUACGCCGACCGGCUCAAGGCGAUGGGGAAGGACGUAGAGCUGGCCGUGUUCCCUGGGCAGGAGCACGCCUUCUUUGCAACAAAACCAUUCUCUCCGGCGGCAGACGAACUGCUCACGGUGAUCAAGCGCUUCCUUGAUCAGCGCAAUUAA